UUAUGAGAAGGAGUUGUCUGAUGGGUCACCCCUUCUCUCUCUCUCUCUAUGGAUUCAACAAACCAUAGCGCCCUCUGAACCGCAUCAAGUCACCAUCUUUUUAUAACCAUCUCUCACCCUUUUCUGGUUUUAAGUUGCUACUGGUUUCAUUCUCUUCUUGUUUUUUCAGCUAUGUAUGGUUUGUUUACCAGCUCUGCAGCCGUAGUUUUUUAUGGAUGUUGAAGCUGCCAAAGCCCACAAAAAGUCCAUAUCUAGGUGAUUCUUGAACUGGGUUUCUGUGGGUGUUUCGGUUGAGGACAAAAAAAUCCAAGCUUUGGGCUGCUUCUGAGGGUGCAGUGAAGAAAAGUCGAUUCUUUGUUGUUCCUAUGUUUUAGAUGUUGCUUUGUGUGUAUGUUAAGGUAUUUCAGAUGAAGGUGUUGUGGAAAAGGAAUUGGUGUUAUUGUUUUGUGUAAAAUUUGGAUUUUGGGGAUUGGUUUAUCUGGACAGAAUUUGUGAAAAGUUCAGAGCUUUAGUCUGGUUUCGGAUUUGGUUCUGCUGGAUUUCAGAGUGAGACUAUUUGGUGGUGUAACAUAGGCAAGAAAUUGCAUUCAGAAUAAGGUCUUUUUCAGAAGGGCCUUUGUAUAUUUAUCUCGAAAAGAGAAAGAUGCAACGAGUUCGAUUGUCCUCUCAACAGGCGCCUGUACUCAAGCUAGGGGAUUCUCAGAUCACAUUAUCUCCAAAAUUUAGGCUAGCGGUUAUCCAAUCUUCUUUGAUGGAUCCAUCGUCGGAACUAGAGUUAUCACUUAGGGGAGAACCCCUCAUUCCUGGUCUACCUGAUGAUGUGGCGCUUAACUGUCUCCUUCGGCUUCCUGUGGAAAGCCACACAGCAAGCAAAGCUGUAUGCAAGCGCUGGCAUCUACUGCUUGGUAGUAAAGAGCGGUUUUUCACUCGUAGAAAAGAAGUAGGGUUUAAAGACCCGUGGCUUUUUGUCUUUGCAUUCCACAAGUGCACUGGAAAGAUUCAGUGGCAGGUUCUUGAUCUCACUCAUUUCUCGUGGCACACAAUCCCUGCCAUGCCUUGCAAAGACAAAGUUUGUCCCCAUGGGUUCAGAUGUGUUGCAAUUCCCCAUGAGGGCACUCUCUUUGUUUGUGGUGGUAUGGUCUCUGAUGUGGAUUGUCCGCUGGAUUUGGUCCUGAAAUAUGAAAUGCAGAAGAAUCGAUGGACUGUGGUGAACCAGAUGGUGAGUGCCAGGUCUUUUUUUGCAAGCGGAGUGAUUGAUGGGAUGAUUUAUGUGGCUGGAGGAAACAGUGCAGAUCUUUUUGAGCUCGACUCCGCUGAGGUUUUGGACCCUGCUGAAGGGAGUUGGCGUUCCAUUGCGAGCAUGGGAACAAAUAUGUCCUCUUAUGAUGCAGCAGUACUCGAUGGAAAGCUUCUUGUUACGGAGGGCUGGUUGUGGCCUUUCUAUGUUUCUCCUAGGGGUCAGGUUUAUGAUCCAAGAACUGAUAAUUGGGAGAGUAUGGCUGUUGGACUCAGAGAGGGAUGGACAGGUUCAAGUGUGGUGAUUUACGGUCAUUUGUUUGUGGUCUCAGAGCUUGAAAGAAUGAAGCUUAAGGUUUAUGACGCGGAUACCGAUUCCUGGGAACCAAUAGAAGGCCUUCCUUUACCUGAGCAGAUAUGUAAACCCUUUGCAGUGAAUUCUUGUGACUGCACAAUAUAUGUCGUUGGUAGGAACCUUCAUGUUGCUGUUGGUAACAUCUCAAGGGUUAGCCGUAAAGGCUCUUCUGAGAACAAGUGGCACUUCAGUGUUCGAUGGCAUGUGGUUGAUGCGCCAGAUAAUUUGUCUGACUUCACACCUUCAAGCUCACAGGUCCUCUUUGCCUAGCUUUUCAGUUUCUGAUAUCAUGUUGUGUAAACUUGUAUGUCCUGAAGCAUGUAGUAGUUAUAUAAGAGACUUGAGCUAUAGAGCUCAUGGCUGUGUGUAAAAGGGGGUUCUAGUGGUUCUUGGAAUGUAUUUAAGUAUAUAGGGUUCUUCAUCAUUGUUGUUAUUUCUUCCUUCUUACCCUGAUUUCUCAAUUUGUGAUUGUGUUGUGCUAUAAUAUUACACCCUUAUCAUA